CAGGUGAGGCUGAGGAAAUGGACGAGCCAAAAGACGGGGCUUUGUUUAAUGGGGACAACCUUUCUUUGUCUUCAGCUGGGACUGAGUCAUGCCCUGCGUCAGCCACUCCAGCCCUGCCACCCUCGCUCCUGAGCACACUAGACCCAACCCGCCUGGGGCUCCCAGAGCAACUGGCCUCUGUCACUGUCCCCAUCCGCCUAGACACCCUGUCCUACCUCCUACACAGUGCUCUCCUGGGGACCUACAACCUCCAGCAGUCCUUACCACCUUGCUCCUGCUCUGCCCAGCCAAGCCACAGCGGGCCAGACACAGUCAGGAGGCCACCCAGGAGAUCUGGCCAGGCCCGUGGGGGCUGGGAAGUUCGGCGCAGGCCUUCCCGGGGCUGGGGCAGGGGUCGGGCACAGCCACAAAGGGGCCCUGGAAGAGCUGAAGAGCUGGUGAGGAGCAUGGCAGGGGGACCUGGGGCUGGCCCCAGUACUCCACCAGUGACACCACCAUCCCAGGAUGGACAGAAGGAAGCUGGAGGACUGUCGGAAGACUGGGAGACAGACUACUAGGACACUGAAGAGCAGGGAUGUUCCCAGGGUCCAGCGUUCUUCAUACAUCAGAGGUACCCUGAGAAAUAUCAUUCCUACAGUCUCCCCAGUUCCCAGACUACAACCUCUGAAGGCCUCCUGCACAUUACCUGAUAAAGCCCAAACCAGUCCUAGACAGAAAACUCACGUGCCCAGGCCCACAGCAUCCCAACCCUAGCUACUAUUCCAGCUCCCAAGGCUGCUCCAACCCCAUUUCUAGACCAAAGCCCCACCCAGAAGCCCUUUCUCUCUCUCCAUUCCACAGUCAGCCCAUCUUCACCACCACCCCCGCCACACACGCACACUCACUUCUUGGCUUUCAGUCCAAACCCCCUCUCAUUCCUAAUUUGUUUAUUUGCUGUUUUUUUGUUUGUUUUGUUCUGUUUUGAGUGCUAGCCUCCAGGGUGCCAGUCAAACUCUGAAGUAAAUUGCAAUCCUCUUUUAUUUUUACCUUGAGAGAGAGUCUCGACACGUGUCCAAGCUGGCCUUGAACUUGCGACUCUCUUGUCUCAGCUUCCAGGUAUCUGGGAUUAUAGGUCUGGUGUACAAGGCCUCCCGUCAUUCCCAGCUCCUUUUGCUUUGUUUUAAAAUCAGUCACACCAGUCCUUCUCUCUCAGUCAGUCGACUGCUAAGAUUGGUUAGGCUACUAGCCUGGGCUCACUCCACACUUCCUGGUUCUCACUUUGCAUUCACCAUAUCUCAUAUUCACCUUCAUUUAACAACAGCACUCAGCUCAACUCCAGCCCAGUAUCUGCUAUGUCCCAGCCCAGCUCUGACAAACCCUUUGUAGGGCUUCUACCCUACAAAGAACACCUCGGCCUGACAUGUCUAGACACCUGUAUUCAGCCCCACCGUUGCUGCUUCCUGUCCCUCGAGCUGGGAAGUCCGGGUUGAACAAUAAAAGGAUGUCUACUCUUA